AUGUGGCGAACCAACGCGCUGCGUAACCACCAAACGGGGGCGGGAUACCAAGGUCCCGGAUACGGAGGCGACUUUGGCCCUGCUGCAGGGAGUCCUUACAGAGGAUAUUCUGACUACGCCGCACCACCCCAGCCAUACAAUUCAGGAUACGACACGGUGGAUGAGUUCGGCAACCGGCAGUACCGCAGUGAGCAGGGCGACGCCAACAACGUGAAGACCGGUUCGUACGGAUACAUGGACGUGUACGGCCUGUACCGGCGUGUCAACUACGUCGCCGACGCCAACGGAUUCCGUGCCACAGUAGACACCAACGAGCCGGGCACAGCACCCGGAGCCAGCGCCGAUGUCGUGUUCAACGCCGCGCCGAUUGUCCCGCCGGUUCCCUCCGGAACUGCAGCUACUGCAGGAUACGGUGCUAGGGCGGCAGUGCCUGGCUACACGAACGGUUACGGCGGAUACGGUGCAUACGGAUACGGCCAGAAUGCUGCUGCUGCUGGUGGUGGUGGUGCCUACGGGUAUGGUGGAUACGGACGUUCCGGAUACGCUCCGUAUGGACAGGGGCUCCGAGGCUCGGGCUACGCUGGAUAUGGACGCCCCAACGGCUAUGGUGCUGGCUAUGGUGCUGGCUAUGGUGCUGGUCGAUAUGGUCCAGCUAACUACGGCGGACGGGCCGCCGGUCACCAUGGUUACCGCCGCCGUUAAUACCUAUUUCUACUAUAGCUGAGAAUAACGGCCCUCCUCGUUAUAUAUUAUCACCUCA